AUGGCAGACAAUGUACUAGAAAAUCAAGACAUCCCUGAGGAAGUGAUGUUGAAGUUCAAGGAUAAAGAACCUACUGAAGACACAGAAGAACUUCAACCCCCAAAGCCUGAUGAUUCUCACAAUAUAGCUAUCCAUGUUAAAAAAGCACGUGGUGGUCUUACUUCAUAUGAACCAAAAAAUCUUGAAGAGAAGUUAGUGGAAUUACUGAGUAUUUUAAAGAAAUUGCCCACUUAUAGAACAUUGCGUGAGCACAGAACUGUGUGGAAAAUGCUGAAAACAAUUCCAGAUCUGACCUCUCAGCUAACUGAUGAGCAUCUGAAAACACUUAGUAAGAGUGUCAUUUCUGAAACCUGGGUUAAAGACAGUACAGUGGUUGGAAAUGAUGGAUUUUAUAUAAUACUGAAAGGCUCAGCUCGACUUCAAACAAAGGUGUAUAAAGAUCUGAUUGAUGAAAAUGAGUCAGCAUCCUCUUUCAUACCUCAGAGUUCCCAAGGAUUUUUUUUCAAUGAAGACUUCAAAAACAUACUUCCUGAGAUGCACCCACCUUCAUUGAAGCCAGUGCUUCGACAAUGGAGUACUUUUGGAACCCUGGAAGUUACAGCUCAGACUGAAUUAGAAACAAAGGAGUAUUCAGUGAUCACAGAAGAAGAUUGUGAAAUUCUUAAAAUCCCAGCAAAGGAUUUUGCAAGGUUAAAAUCGGAAAAAAUAAAACUUGAAAAUAAGGAAAAGAUGAAAUUAAUUCGUAAUUGUCCAUAUUAUGAGGAGUGGCCUACUUUAUCCAUAUGUGAGCUAGUUGCACUCAUUAAAUGGAAAAAAUUUCCUCCAGGUCAUGUGAUAGUAGAAACUGGGAAGAUAAUUUCUUUUGUGGCUUAUAUUAAUUCUGGAUAUUGUAAUAUUUAUAGAGAUGUUGUAGGACUUAUAAAACUACAACCCAAAAAAGUGAAAAAAAUUCAAAAACUUGUUUGUAUGGGUACACUUAAGGAGAAGGAAUCUUUUGGUGAGAUUAGUGUUCUUCUUCAACUUCCUUUCACAUGCACAAUAAUUACUGGAGAAGAGGUUGAGAUGGCAAUCAUUGAAGAUAAGGAUGUAUUUGGUCAAGGUAUACUGUCUUCCAGUGUACAAUGUAGAUCAAGUGUAUAUGAAGGUCAUGGCUUGUCGUGCUUGAAACUUUAUCUGAAAUUCUAGCA